CAGUGACCAGUUGGUUAACAGACCGAAGAGCGAUGACCAAAAUAGAAAAUGUCCCUCGAUGAUCUCGAUCUUCUUUGUCCUUUUGUUCACUUCGAUUUCCCCGCUAGCCGGCCGGAGAAUCUUGCCGACGCCGAACUCCCUGCAAUGGAUCAAACGUAAAAACAACAAAGUCUUUCCGUUGUUUCCCGUGUCUGACGUGGCACGAUCGACGGCCCCAAUGUUUUCCCCUUCUUUAAAAAGAAAAUUAAUCGGCGAUGAUCAGUGAUCUAAUCAGCGCCGUCCGUUUGAUGACUGAUACUUUUUUCUGGGUGAGACUUGGGAGUGAGAGCGGAGCUUCGAUAGUGUUUCAAAAAAUGGCGGACGCGAAGCUCGCUUUCGUCGCUCUUCUAGUCCUCUUCCCGCUCGCCCUCCUCGCGCUCUUGGCUCUGAUCGUCCGCCCGCGUCCCGUCAAGAUCCCGUUGAAGAACCGCCAUGUAUUCAUCACCGGCGGGUCGAGCGGGAUCGGGCUCGCACUCGCCCACAUGGCGGCGGCGGCGGAAGGUGCCCGGGUCUCCAUCCUGGCCCGAUCCCUCGACAAGCUGGAGGAGGCGAGGAACUCCAUCCGCCUCGCCACAGGGAUCGAGGCCGCGAUCUACGCGGCGGAUGUUAGGGAUUUCGACGCCGUGAAGAAGGCGGUGGACGCCGCCGGCCCGAUCGACGUCCUGAUCGUGAACCAAGGGAUUUUCGUCCCCGGUGAGCUGGAGAAUCAGGAUUUGAGCGAGGUCCGGUUCAUGAUUGACGUCAAUUUGAUGGGGAGCUUCAAUGUUGUGAAAGCUGCUUUGCCGGGGAUGAAGAGUCGGUCCGACCGGAGGCCGGUCUCCAUCGCUCUAAUGUCGUCGCAGGCCGGCCAGGUGGGAGUUUAUGGAUACACAGCUUAUUCCGCUAGCAAAUUCGGGCUCCGGGGCAUGGCGGAAGCGCUUCAGCAUGAAGUCAUCGCCGAUGAUAUCCACGUCUCUCUUAUAUUCCCUCCGGACACUGAAACACCUGGUCUGGCUGAAGAAAGCAAGAAGAGGCCGCCGUUGACAAGCAUCAUCGCAGCAUCGUCUGGUGCAAUGAAAGCAGAGGAAGUUGCUAGGAAAUGCUUCGACGGGAUCAAGGUGGGAAACUUCUUCGUGCCUUGCAACUUCGAGGGGGCGAUGCUGGCCAUUGCAACGGCUGGGUUAGCCCCGCAGAGAUCCUCGUUUAUGGCAUUUGUCGAGGUGACUCUCAUGGGUCUAAUGCGACUCGUAGCUCUGUUUUUCCAGUGGAAUUGGUACGGGAGCAUUGCAAAGUAUGCUAGCAAAAACAAGUGAUACAGUAAGUCUCAAAAUUGUAACUCCGCAGCUAGCCCUUUAGUUGACUUGUUUUCUUCUGCUGGUAAUCCAUUUUCACAUCAUCAUAAUCGUAUUUGGGUUCUGAAAAAUGCCAGGGGAAAGGAAGUUUGGAACUUUGGUGCCUUGUCAGGCUUAUUGGAGGUUCUGUUGGGCAAGCUUUCAGGCUUGAGCCUCAACAUUUGGAGAUGGACACUAUCCGUCGGAGCAUUGCUGUUGUUUCUCUGUUGUUUUGGGAGACUAUUGAUCCCUUUUUUCUGUCCAGGACAGACCCAGAACUAAUCAGUUUUGUUUAGGGUUUGUGUACGGGGGAUAUUCAGUUUGAGCUAGGGUUGCUAUGGUAGAUUAAUGUUUCUUCUGAUUUCGGGAAUAAUAGACCAUUUUUCUGGCGAGUUUGGUUAGGUUUAACCACAGAAGAGAAGAACUAUGAGUUCUACUUAAUUUACUUAGUGUUCUCUGUAAAUUGUGAACUCUCAUGUCGCAAGUCCAGGCGAGCUUUAUAGAGACUAUUGCAUGUAUCCCAAGCCACAAAACGCAAGUGUCAUUAACUCUGUUUGUUAUGCUCCAAAUCUAUUGCACUGAGGAUUGCUUCAUGGUUUAUGUAAGAUUUCACCUACGACGUAGGAGACGCACUGUUAUCUGCUAGUGGGAUAAGAUUUGCCCUCAGCAUAGCUAGCCACUCUUCCCCUGUUUCCCCGUUCACUUUGUUAGCUACUAUCAACCAUUUAGCAAUCAUCCCUCCAAUUCUGCGUGCAGUAAUCUUGGGACUGGAGUUCUUCUCUUCGAAUAUACAUCUGUUCCUUACGCACCAGCAAAAAUCACGAAGCAGAGACUUGUUGCACCACUCUUUUGGCUCGGUUGGCUCGUGCUGCGGCCAUUCCCUUAUCGCUGUUGCGUUGUCAGUUGGGACAGACCCCUAUACACAGCAAGCUUACAGAUGAUUCUCUGCAGGUUAUGAAAAUAUGGUUCGCAUUUUACACACUGCCGGGGCACAAAAACACAUAGGCUAGGGUGAAAAUCUUCUUUGAUGUACUAUCCACAAGAAAGUACAGAUAUGGGUAGAAAUGUUUUUGCUGCCAAACCACUCGAAAUGGGAAAUCGGCAGCUUCUCCAAACUUGGCUUUCACCAAUUGCUGGUAAAUUGACUGAGCCGGUGCAGAAUUUUCUAAUUCAGUUGUUCAUCAUAGAUUGCAGCUCAGUUACGAGUGAAGAGAAUAUUAACAGUAUGAGAUAUGUAAAAACAUUCGAACACGCAAGGCAAUGAGCUUUGACGUGCAUAUAGAUAGAAACAGAAAUACUGCUAUUCCUGAUGAACAGCAAGUAUACAAUGUAAAAUGUAGAAAAAGAAUUCACAUAAUUUACAUACUACCAGUACUGCAACUAAACUGCAUGAACAGCA